AUGGCGCGAAAUGGGGUAGAUGUUGGCCUCCAUAGGCCAAGUUACACUUCACCUUUAUCUGAAUAUGUUCUGCAGGCAGAAUUACCCGCUAGAUGGAAAGUCCCUAAGUUCACUAAAUUCUCUGGGGAUACUAGUGAGUCCAUUGUAGAACACGUGGCCAGAUACCUCAUAGAGGCAGGGGAAAUUGCAAAUAAUGAGAAUCUUAGGAUACAAUAUUUCCCAAGUUCCCUUACGAAGAAUGCCUUCACAUGGUUCACCAUAUUACCGGCGAAUUCCAUUGAUACAUGGACUCGUUUGGAGAUACUGUUCCAUGAGCAAUUAUACAUGGAACAGUCGAAGAUAAGUCUGAAAGAAUUGGCCAGUAUCAAACGACAGUUUACUGAGUCAAUAGAUGAGUUGGUCGAAAUGACCGCUGGUGGUCUACUUAAGGCUGAGAAAUCCAGAGCAAAUAAAAACAAUAGGAAGGAUAGAAUAGCCUAUGUCGAACUAGGUAACGACGAACCUGAAACGUUUGGUGAACAUGUAGAUUUCGACGAAGGUGAGAUCGACCUUGCUGAACUAACGCAAGGACCACCUUAUUCCUGCAAAGUAUUAACCCCUUCAAAUGGGAAGAAUCCAGUCGAACGAGAUAAGGAUGCUAGGUUCCCUAAGAAAACGGAUGUUAUGAAAAGUGCUAUUAGGGACAGAAGGCUGAAGUUUGGGGACAAAUCGAAGGCUCCAAUGAGGAUUGAUGCAGACCCUCUUUAG